AUGUAUCGCCGGCGGAUCCUGCUCGCUGCCCCGGGUGCCAAACCCGUUGUGCGCGUCCAGCGCACCAGGUUCGUCAAGGGAUACGCAACUGAGGUCCCUCCAAGUGCGAGUGGAACCCUCCCGCCCCCACCACCUCCGCCAAAGAAGAAAAGGGGAUUUUUCCGUCGGACGUUGUUGUACACGUCCAUAUUCGCCGGAACUUUCUAUGGGGGAAGUACCUUGGUCGCGCUCAACAGCGAAAGGUACCAUGACUUUUUCGUCGAAAGUGUUCCAGGAGGCGAAGAGAUAAUGGAAAUCGCCGCCGAUAGAGGAUGGGACCGAGUCCGCCUCUCGUCCAUCCCACAACGAACCAUCGACGCAACAAAAGACACAUACAACAAACUCUCCUCCUCCAUUUCCUCCUCCUCCUCCUCAUCUGACAGGGCACGCAAAGCCUCCCAAGCGAUCAUCACCCGCGUCGAACGCAACCCCAACGCACCCGACUUUUCCACCGUCGGAAAACAGAUCGAGGCCAAGGCGUUCCAGUUCUCAGAGGGCGUGAGCGAGCUUGCUAAAGAGGUCGAAGCUGCACUGCGAGGCGAGUCCAAGCCGGGUCCGAUCGGGUCCGACACCCAUGGAAACGCAAACGCGGACACCAAGACGUUGUAUCCGGACGCGGCCCCCAAGCGGGACGUCGAGGUUCCGCCCCAGUACGAAAAGGAAUGGACACCUCCCAAGGCCUCCCCCGGGCUACGUUUUGCCCCCGCCCAAGUCGAACAAGGAGCCAGGGAGCCGCCAAAGGGCAAAGAUGUGCUCCCGCUGCUGGCCCCCAAGCUCAACGCGUCCGAACCCGUCAUUGCCCAGCUGGCCAAAACGAUCGACUCGCUCGCGGCGUUUGUCCAGGCUAAUCCGUCGGCGCUGGAUAGUGCCCAAGGCGUCCUCUCUACCGCCCAGAUCGAUCUUGAAAAGCUCGGGGAGCGAACGCAAAAGCUCGAGAAAAAGUUGGACGAGCAGGCGAAAGAGUACGAGGACAAGUUGCUCGGACUUGAGAUGGAGAGCAGGGAAAAGUUGGAUAAGCAAGAGGAAGACUGGAAGGGUGUGUUUGAGGAGGAGAGAAGGAAGAUUGUCGCUGCGUAUCGGCAAAAGCUCGAAAAGGAGCUCGAGACGCAGGGUGAGAUUAUCAAUCAACGGUUGAAGGAAGAAGUCAUGGCCCAAGGCAUCGAACUCCAACGCCGCUGGAUCCGCGAAAUCAAAGUCCGGGUAGAAGCCGAACGCGCAGGCCGUCUCGCCAAACUCGACUCGCUCUCGACCUCGCUCAAAAAGCUCGAACGCACAACGGCCGACAACGCCUCCCCUCCAGGGCGACGAGCGCGCGGGUUCAGGGACGAGCUCCGGGUUUUGAAGAGCGUGGCCGGGGAGUCCGAGGGCGGCGAGAUCCUGGACGGGUUGUUGAAGAGCCAGGUGCCGGACGAGGGCGUCGAGCCGCGCGCGGACUUGACCGAGUGGUUCACGACUUCGGUCGCCCCCGCCGUGCGCAAGGCCGCGCUUGUCCCCGACACCUCGGCCGGCGUGCUCUCCCACCUCGCUUCGUCCGUUUUCUCUGCGCUCCGCCCUGCCCCGGCUCCGUCGCUUGCGUCGAGCGGGAACGAUGUGCUGAGCAGGAUCGCGAGGGCCGAGUAUUACUUGAGCCUCAAGGAUUUGGACAGUGCUACUCGGGAGGUUAACCAGCUCGAGGGCUGGCCGAAGCGUUUGGUCAAGGACUGGCUGGAGGCGGCUAGGAAGAGGCUGGAGGUUGAGCAGGCGUUGGAUGUGGUUCAGACUGGAGCUACGUUGGCUAGCCUGUUGGUCCUUUGA